AUGGCUUCCCAGACCAAUUCCAGUAUUGCAAUGGCUCUUGCUGGCAAGACUGCGUCGGUUGAUAUCCCUCAGCGCCGUGCUGGCCUGGGUGGCGGCCGUGUGCCUGCGCGAUCCGGACAACCUGCGAUGCUGCUCACGCCACCCAACUCUAUCUCGCCCACCCUUCCUCCCCAGACCUUCAAACGACGUGGGUCACUGUCGCCAGGAUCGCCGCUAUCGACUGUCCCCCAGUUGGACUCUGACAUCGAUCUUCAGGAUGCGAUGGAAUACGCCAACGGUCAGAACGUCUCCCGACCUGCCGACGACCUCGACAGCAUGGGCGCAAUUACCCCUGCCAUGCUGGCCAGAUACCACCUUCCCGACAUCUUGCUCCAGCAGGGCCCGUUGGCCAUUCGCCACGUUAUGGGUCAUCUGACAACCUCGGUCCCUGGCUUUUCGCGCAUUCCCCCAGCCAAAGCGCGCAGACUGGUUGUUGCGGCGUUGGAAGGUCGAGGGAACGGAGGGGAAGCGGGUGGAAUUGGAGGCGACGUGGUGUUUGAGAAGAUCGGUUGGGGCCGCUGGGACGCGCGACGUCGCGGUGAGCCUGUGCAUGACCGCGAUUUGAACUCGUCGGCAUCGCCCCCUUCAAGCGUUGCGGGUUCUUUCCAGCAGCGUGGCCUACAGAUCCAAGGCCAGUCGAGUUGGCAGGGUGGUAGCCGUCAUCCAUACCGUAUGAGCUUCGCCGAAUCCACGGCAUUCUCCUACAACGACGAUUACGGCAUGCACGAGGAUCUCGACAUGCUUGAACACGAGGCCGACAAAAUGUCCCUUGAUGGCGACGGCGAGUACUGCUCUUCCUCGGAAGCUCCUGAUGAAAUGCAGGAGAACGAGUGGGAUGAAGGCGAUGUCACCGAUGAGGAGGACUGGGCGCAGAUUGGCGCCGACGCGUUGCGCGCUCGCUCAAUGAACAACAACGGCAGUCUCAUCAAGGGACAUGUCGCUGCACGGGCAAAGCCCCAGCCUUCUGGGAUUUUCCCUCCCACUCUGCCAUCUCUGGCGGCCAAGCCGGCACCUCGCACCUUUGACACUCAGGAACGCGCUGCUGUGGAAGCACUCCUCCGCCUGGGCUCCAUGUAA